AAAAUGUGUGUGUAAUCAAGUAACACUCCCAAUUUUUACCCUGGUAGGCAGCAGCCCCCUCGGUCCUCUAUCUCGCUGAAGGAUAUAAAACACAAGAGGACCAGACAGAACACGGCUUUAACAAGGCUCCAUACAGCUUCGCUGUAGACCGACAACUCCUCCCACGGGACACAAUACUCGGUACCUUCAUCUUUCAUUUGGGAACAUUCUGGAACGAGUGUAUGGUAGCAGGACAAUGAGGAUGUGUUGUGAGAUGUCACCUCUUCACCUGAUAUCCGCCUGGGCCUUCACCGUGUGUGUCAUUUGGACAACAGCUAUAGGUGACCAGACUCCAGUCUUCGUCACUCCAAACACACUGACAGUCAGUGAGACGAACACACCCACAACCAUCCAACCGAGCACAGACAGCCGUCCAACAGACAUUAGCAGUCCAGACGGACAUAUCUCCAACAGCAUUCCAACAGACAAAUAUGAGAGUUUGGGGAUCUCCACACAGAGAGUUCUAGAAACAGUGACCGUGACGACCAUUGCAGGGACCAUCAAGACCAGUGCUGCCAUGACAACAGUAGUAACCAGUGCAACAGUCCCCCCUAAAGACUCAAGCACCCAGCCACACAUCCCUCACACAGUCAUGUCACCGGUGGCGACAAACCCCAUGGCAACAACUCCAGCACCAUCUCGCGCCCCCAAAAAGCCACCCUGCUGUCCUCACCCCACUCGCAUGCCCACCCUUCCCCCUCAUCAGUUCAUAGGUCACGAGGGCGACUAUGACGAUGAGUCUGAAGAAGAGGAGAAAGUAACGGAGGAGGAGGAAGGAGGCAAACUCACGAAGGAGAAUCUGUGUGACUUUAACCCCUGCUUGCACCUGCAGAGACCCUGUCCAGAGGUCAGGGAGGCCAAGGGUCAGAGCUGCCGCUGUCCGGGCCUGACUCCAAACUCUGUGACCCCUGACCCUGUGGUGGCGCUGGAGGUGUGGGGGGUAUGGCCCGAGGCUGUGAGGGUGCGUUGGUGCGCCCCCUACUCGGCUGUGAGUAAGUUUGGUGUGUGGGCGCUGAGAGAGAACGGCAGUGUGUUCAGUAACGGCAGCGUGAGCGCCUGGUCACGCCAGGCCAGUGUGUUCGGGCUAAAAGCGGGACGGAGAUAUGGAGUGUGUGUAAGCGCACUGAAUGGAGCUGGAACGUCACACACCCGCUGUGUGCAUGUGUCCACCCCAGUAGGUGUAGAGACGGUUGUGUUGUACGUGCUGACGGGACUGUGUGUCGCCCUGGGGAUGACGGUUGUUGUGAUGAGUGUGUUUCUUCACAGGAUCUGGAAGAUGCGAAACACACACUCUCUGAUUGAGCCGCGGGCACACACACUCUACAACCCACGUCUCACCAGCCUGGUUUCAAUCACUAACCCGGCCUACACACACACCGACGAACACACUGUGCCUCCCUCUGCACGAUACACGCAGACAGACCAGCUGAAGUUAUCCACUAACGUACGCAAUGAAUAAUAACACCUGUAACCAUCCGUACCACCCGUAGCCACAUACCUACCACCCUUACUCACAUACCUACCACCCUUACCCACGUACCUACCACCCUUACCCAUAUACCUACCACCCUUACCCACAUACCUACCACCAUUACCCACAUACCUACCACCCUUACCCACAUACCUACCACCCUUACCCACAUACCUACCACCCUUACUCACAUACCUACCACCCUUACCCACGUACCUACCACCCUUAUCCACAUACCUACCACCCUUACCCACGUACCUACCACCCUUACCCACAUACCUACCACCCUUACCCACAUACCUACCACCCUUACUCACAUACCUACCACCCUUACCCACGUACCUACCACCCUUACCCACAUACCUACCACCCUUACCCACAUACCUACCACCCUUACCCACGUACCUACCACCCUACAGCAGUUUAUACAUCUCACCACACAGUACUCAACUCAAAAAAGUUGAUUUUAAGAAAUAAAGUCAAAUCAUUUUUGUUUUGAACAUCUCAUUUUCCAUUAAGUUGUAAUAAAAUUAUAUUUUCCUA